CACGCAGCCGGUUGAUCAAAGAACGGCAGCGCCUUGUGGUAAAGUGCUUGCAGAGACGAUAGCUUUGCGGGUGGUUGGAUUGGUGUAGCAUAGGCGAACGGGGCGUGUGACGUCCUGCCAUUGAUCGUCAUGGCAGAGAAGAGCCCGCAUCGUGAGGGUGUCCUGCUCAAAUGGACCAACUAUAUGAAGGGCUUUCAGCCCCGCUAUUUUGUCCUCCACAAUGGCCAGCUCUCCUACUACAAGAAUAAGGAUGAGGUCAACCACACCUGCCGUGGUACACUCAUUUUGAUUGAUGCGGAGAUUGACAUUGGUCUCGGUUCCAAUUUCAUCAUUCACGCCGGCCUUCCGCAGCAGCAAGGGCAGUCUUAUCACUUGCGCGCCUCCUCCGAGGCCGAGCGCAGUGCCUGGCUGGGCUCGCUCCAGCUGGCCAAGCAACUGGCACACAACAAGCGUGCUUCCAAGCAGGUGGCCAGCUCCAUCUCAUCCACCUCUGGCAACGCCGCCCAACUCAAUUCGAGCGUUGAUCUGAAGCGAUCGGCAGUGCUCAUGAUCAACGAGUCGGAUGAUGAUUCGUGGAGCGAUGACGAUGCCCCGGUCAACUUUGACGAGCACCCAGACAACAAAGAACUCUUUCGUCUUGGCGUC